GAACGGGUGGAGAGCAACGAUGGACGAUAAGAGAAGGUCGUGUGCAACGGUUAGUCCUUGUAAGAGAGCAAACGAGCGGUCGAAUGUGUGCCGUGAGCAAAAAGACGGGAUCAUGAGGCAUAGCGAUUACAAGAGUUAUCAGUCGGUCGGUGAUAUCAAUUCGAGUCGAGUACACAUACGCGCGUAUUUGGUGUUGUUCGCCCCACUAUACGGCCACUCUGAUUUCCUUCCAAUUUAAUCGCCCAGGAAGUCGAUGCUCCUUUCGAAUUUCUUUCCCACUUUUGCAAUUAUUGCAACGCUUAUCAACCGUUCUCUAGUUUCAAAUUCUUAAUCACCCCCCUCGAUGCUUUUUAGUCCCCGACCGAAUUACCAUUUUCCGCGUAAUCUGGCAAACGCAGCGGAUCGGAUUAUUUUCAACCGUAGAACGGGACUUGUUCCACGUUGUUAGCUAGAAAGAUGGACAACGAUAGACAACCCUUGAUUGGAAAAACGUACGACUCGUUUUGGGAUGGCGAGGACGAGGCCGAUUACGAGGAUACGACGGCACAUAUGAUCCGCGUACCUCGGAAGAAGAAGUCAACGAUGAAGGUUAACAUCGAGGGAAUGAGCUGCCAGAGCUGCGUGAAGAGUAUCGAGGGAAGCAUAGGCGGUCGACCGGAGGUUCUGAGCGUUAAGGUGAUCCUGGAGGAGAAGCUCGGUUACGUCGAAUACAAAACGGAGGAAAUUACGCCUAGCGAACUGCUCGAAGCUAUAGAAAACAUGGGCUUCGAGGCUUCUUUGUACGAGGAAGAAAUUACUAGCACCGAUGGCACGCAGAACAACCUUUCCUCGCAGUCUGUUACCAGUAAUUGUAGUAUACAUGUCGAUGGAAUGACUUGUAUGUCUUGCGUUCAAUCAAUCACGGCUGUCUUGACGGACAAAUCAGGAGUAAAAGACGUGAACGUUAGCCUGAAGGACAAGGAAGCUAAGGUUUCUUACGACGAGAAUGCUGUAACUGCCGAAGAAAUAUCGGCUUUCAUCGAAGAAAUGGGUUUCACAGCGUUCGUUAAGGAAAUAAACGACAAAGUUGUUGGAACACCGGUAGAGACGUCGUCGUCGUCGAAUGUUAAUCCCGUAAAAGACGGAGAACCUUUGUUGCAAAUGAACGGAGGGGGCGAUGUAAAAGCACGGAAUCAAACGGCGAAAUGUUUUUUACACAUAACGGGAAUGACCUGUGCGUCCUGUGUCGCUGCCAUAGAAAAACAUUGUAAAAAGUUGUACGGUGUAAGUAACAUCUUGGUAGCGUUGAUGGCUGCCAAGGCAGAAGUUACGUUUGAUCCGAGUAAAAUAAGGGCGGUAGACAUCGCUUCCAGUAUAUCUGAAUUGGGCUUCCCUACUACUUUGAUCGAGGAACCGGGGACUGGACAGGGAGAGAUCGAAUUGAAAAUUGCAGGUAUGACGUGUGCAUCUUGCGUGAAUAAGAUAGAAUCGACUGUAAAGAAAUUGCCAGGUGUUCAUUCGGCUGCAGUUGCGUUAGCAACGCAGCGUGGUAAGUUCAAAUACGACGUGGAGAAACUUGGCGUUAGAGAUAUCAUCGAGUGCGUUAAUAAGUUAGGUUUCACUGCAACGUUGUUCAGUAAUAAGGACAAGGAAAAUAGGGACUAUUUGGACCAAAAAGAAGAAAUAAACAAAUGGCGGACAGCGUUUUUAGUGUCUUUAAUUUUUGGUAUACCAUGUAUGAUAGCCAUGGCGUAUUUCAUGAUAGAUAUGAUAGUUGGUGAGAAAAAACACGAGGACAUGUGUUGUGUAGUACCUGGUCUUUCUUGGGAGAACUUAAUUCUUUUCAUAUUUUCUACGCCAGUACAGUUUUUUGGUGGCUGGCAUUUUUACGUUCAAGCGUACAAAGCUUUAAAACACGGUACAACUAACAUGGAUCUUUUAAUUUCUAUGACCACUACGAUAUCUUAUUUGUACUCGGUUGCCGUACUUACAGCAGCCAUGAUAAAGCAGGAACAUGUUAGUCCUCAGACAUUUUUCGAUACUCCCCCGAUGUUGCUAGUGUUCAUCAGUUUGGGGAGAUGGUUGGAACACGUUGCAAAGGGCAAAACGUCGGAAGCUUUAUCAAAGUUAUUGUCCCUGAAAGCAACGGACGCAGUUUUAGUCACGUUAGGUCCCAACAGUGAGAUUUUGUCUGAACGUUUAAUCAGUAUAGAUUUAGUACAACGGGGAGACGUGUUGAAAGUGGUGCAAGGUGCCAAAGUUCCCGUCGAUGGUAGAGUUUUGUCGGGGCAUUCUACUUGCGACGAGAGCCUAAUAACUGGAGAAAGUAUGCCUGUGCCAAAGAAGAAAGGAUCGGUCGUGAUAGGUGGUUCGAUAAAUGUAAAUGGUCCGCUCCUAAUUACUGCCACGCAUACCGGAGAACACACGACGUUGGCACAAAUUGUACGAUUGGUAGAAGAGGCACAAACGAAUAAAGCACCUAUUCAACAUUUAGCGGAUAAGAUAGCGGGUUACUUCAUCCCCCUUGUAAUAGCCGUUUCUAUAGUGACUUUGAUCAUUUGGACGAUAGUGGGAUAUGUAAAUAUCAAUAAUUUACCAAUUUUGCACAAUGAUCAAAUUGACAAACACGGUAUAAACAGGGAAGAGAUUAUAUUUCAAUAUGCUUUUCGAAGUGCUCUUUGCGUAUUGGCGAUCGCAUGUCCAUGCGCGUUAGGAUUGGCCACACCGACCGCUGUUAUGGUUGGUACUGGUGUUGGUGCGUUAAACGGUAUUCUAAUAAAGGGUGCUGAGCCUUUGGAAAAUGCGCACAAAGUUAAAUGUAUUGUAUUCGAUAAGACUGGAACAAUAACGCAUGGUGUGCCAAUGAUAACGAAGAUAAGUCUUUUCGUGAACGAAAAAGUUUGCUCGCUAGCAAAAUUCUUAGUGAUUAUUUGUACUGCCGAAACAAAUAGCGAGCAUCCGAUCGCAUCAGCGAUUGUUCGCUAUGUAAAGGAAACCAUUGAUUCCGAAGCAACAGGACAAUGCACCAACUUUCAAGCGGUUGGUGGUUGUGGACUUAAAUGCAAAGUAUCGCAUAUUUCGACAAUUUUGGCUCAUGCGUUCAAAUCAGAAGCAAUUGUUAACUAUGUGAAUCAGGUGAAAAAUUUAUCUUCUGGAACGUACACUUUGAACAGUGUACCGAUCGAUACUGCGCCAAUUUCGAGUGCGAGUCAGGAAAGACUAAAUCUGGAUCUAGAAUUAUUGCUCAGUCCGGAUUCCCACGGUGAUGAAACUAACGCAGACGAUGAAUAUGAGAUUUGCAUCGGUAACAGAGAGUGGAUGCUAAGGAAUGCGGUAAAUAUACCUCAAGAAGUAGAGCAGAAAAUGGUUACCGAGGAAGAUUUGGGCCAUACUGCUGUUUUAGCAGCGGUGAAUAACGUAUUGGUCGCUAUGAUCAGUGUCGCUGAUACGGUUAAACCGGAAGCCCAUCUGGCAAUUUAUACUUUAAAAAAGAUGGGCUUAGAAGUUAUACUUUUAACAGGAGAUAAUAGAAAGACUGCUGCUUCCAUUGCCAGACAAGUCGGUAUCACCAGAGUAUUCGCAGAAGUCUUACCUUCGCAUAAAGUUGCUAAAAUUCAGCGUUUACAAGAUCAAGGUUUAAGAGUUGUAAUGGUAGGAGAUGGUGUUAACGACAGUCCUGCUCUUGCACAAUCAGACGUUGGUAUUGCAAUCUCUUCCGGUACAGAUGUUGCUGUAGAAGCUGCCGAUGUAGUCCUUAUGCGAAACGAUCUCUUGGACGUUAUCGCUUGUCUGGAUUUAUCGAGAAAAACAGUCCGCCGAAUAAGGCUGAAUUUUUUAUUUGCCAGUAUUUACAAUUUGCUGGGUAUUCCUAUUGCUGCUGGAAUAUUUAGUCCUUUUGGAUUCUUUCUUCAACCAUGGAUGUCAUCAGCGGCAAUGGCACUAAGUUCAGCAUCCGUAGUUGGCAGUUCUUUGCUCUUAAAAUUAUAUCGCAAACCGACAAAGGUUACCCUAGAAACACCAGAGUAUUUGUCGGCGAUGCAAGCUCAUUCUACGGCAAGAAUGAUCGAGUUAGAUACGAUAUCUCUUCAUCGCGGUUUAGACGAUACUCCAAUACCUAUUAUGCACAGAUCGACGUCGACGCUAUCCAGGCUAUUCAGAAGAUCCAAAGAUGAUGUAGAGGGUCGGCUUCUGGGCGACGAUGUCGAUGAAAUAGAUUUGGUAAUGGAUUUUUCUGGUUAUCGGAAAAGUAUGAAGGAUCAUACAAACAUUACUCCCCUGUGACUUGUAAGAAUCUCUUCCUUCAAUAAUUUGUACUAUCUGUACACAUAUAUGUGGUAUCUAUGCAGGUUCGUGUUUUUUGUUUGAUAGGAAUGAAUAUAUUUUACAUGAGUGAUGAAAUUACAAUAAUUGAACUAAAGCUAAUUGGAUAUUAAUACAAUUUGACGACGACUCUUUCGCGAGACACACACCACACAACGACGACGAUGGCUUUCGCCUCGACAAUACCAAUAACAACCCCCUUGCCUUCGUUGCUCUCUCUAUUUAUCCUAAACCGAUUCCUUUAUUCCGCAUUCUCCCACUACAUACUUCUCUCGCACUCGUACGUCAUCCAGGCACCUCGCGAAGGGUCUACUUAGCUGUUCGGCUCUAUGGUU